UAGCGAGCGAAGAUGGCGGCGGCCGAGUCCGAUCGCGAAGUACCGUCCGCUCUCUGCAGCGAAUUCCUCGAUUUCUCAGCCAAGGACACCGCUCUGAAAUGGCUCCAAAUGUCCGACCUCUCCAAGGAGGUGUACCAGCACCUGGCCCGUUACGUUCCCAAAAUCUACUGCCUGGGGCCCAACCUGAACCCCCAGAGCGAGGACCUCCUGGCCCAGCUCCUCCUGCAGGCCCCGCUGGAGUGGUACCUGUGUGGAGAGGACCCGUCCACAGGCCUGGCCAAGCUGGAGCAGAACAACCAGCCCUCCCAGCUCUGUGGGCACGUCUUCAAGGUGGGGGAGCCCACCUACUCCUGCAGGGAGUGCGCGGCAGACCCAACCUGUGUUCUCUGCAUGCAGUGUUUCCUGGGAAGCGUGCACAAAGAACACCGCUACAGGAUGACGACCUCUGGGGGAGGAGGCUUCUGUGACUGCGGCGACACGGAGGCCUGGAAGAAGGGCCCUUACUGUCAGAAACACGAACCCAACAUCAGUGACGCCUCCCAGGAGGACCCGCUGGCUCACCUCUCCGCAGACAUGAUCGGGCGCGCCUAUAACGUGUUCUCCAUCGUGCUGAAGUACGCCGUCGACAUGCUCACCUGGGAGAAGGAGGACGAGCUGCCGCUAGGCCUGGAGCCGCCGGAGCGAGGGGACACUUACUACUGCAUGCUGUUCAACGACGAGGUGCACACCUACGAGCAGGUCAUCUACACGCUGCAGAAGGCCGUCAACUGCACCCAGAAAGAGGCGGUCAGCUUCGCCACCACAGUGGACAGAGAUGGUCGGAAAUCCGUGCGGUACGGGGACUUUCAGUUCUGCGAGCAGGCCAAAUCCGUUAUUGUGAGGAAUACCAGCCGCCAGUCCAAGCCGCUGCGUGUGCAGGUGAUGCACUCCUCGGUGGUGGCUCACCAGUGCUUCGCGCUCAAGGCCCUGGCCUGGCUGGGCCACAUCAUCGGAUACUCAGACGCACUGCGGAGAAUCCUGUGUCAGGUGGGGCUCCAGAACGCACCGGAAGGGGAGAACACCUCGCUUGUCGACACCCUCAUGCUCUGCGACUCCAAGAUGUGGAAAGGUGCCAGGAACGUCUACCACCAGCUGUUCAUGAGCAGUCUCCUCAUGGACCUGAAGUACAAGAAGCUUUUCGCCAUCCAGUUUGCAAAAAACUAUGAGCGCUUGCAGAGCGACUAUGUGAAAGACGACCACGACAGAGAGUACUCCAUCACAGACCUCUCCGUGCAAAUGUUCACCGUGCCUUCCCUGGCUCGCAUGCUGAUCACAGAGGAGAACCUGAUGACCACCAUCAUCCGCACCUUCGUGGACCACUUGCGGCACCGUGACCUGCAGGGCCGCUUCCAGUUCGAGCGCUACACCGCCCAGCAGGCCUUCAAGUUCCGCCGCGUCCAGAGCCUCAUCGGGGACCUCAAGUACGUCCUGAUCAGCCGGCCCACGGACUGGACUGAUAAACUCAGGGAGAAGUUCCUGGAGGGGCUGGACACAUUCUUGGAGCUGCUUAAGUGCAUGCAGGGCAUGGACCCGGUGGUGCGCCAGGUGGGCCAGCACAUCGAGAUGGAGCCGGAGUGGGAGGCAGCCUUCACCCUGCAGAUGAAGCUCACGCACAUCAUCUCCAUGAUGCAGGAGUGGUGCGCGACAGACGAGAAGGUGCUGAUCGAGGCCUACAGGAAGUGCCUGAUGGCGCUGACGCACUGCCACAGCGGCUUCACCGACGGGGAGCAGCCCAUCACGCUCAGCAUGUGCGGCCACUCGGUGGACACCAUCCGCUACUGCGUGUCCCAGGAGAAAGUCAGCAUUCACCUGCCCGUGUCGCGCCUGCUCGCAGGCCUGCAUGUUCUCCUCAGUAAGACCGAGGUUGCCUACAGAUUCCCCGAGCAGCUGCCCCUGAGUGAGCUGAGCCCCCCGAUGUUGAUAGAGCACCCCUUGCGCUGUCUGGUGCUCUGUGCCCAGGUGCAUGCUGGGAUGUGGAGGAGAAACGGCUUCUCAUUGGUCAAUCAGAUAUACUACUACCACAACGUGAAGUGCAGGGUGGAGAUGUUUGACAAAGACCUCAUCAUGCUGCAGGCCGGGGCGUCCAUGAUGGAUCCCAACCACUUCCUGAUGAUCGUCCUGAGCCGCUUCGAGCUCUACCACAUCUUCAGCUCGGCCGACUGCAGGAAGAGAUACAACCGAGAGAGCGCCAACAAGGAUGUGGUCCAGCAGAAUAACACUCUGAUCGAGGAGAUGCUGCACCUGGUCAUGAUGGUUGUAGGUGAGCGGUUCACUCCUGGGAUCGGCCAGGUGCAGCCGUCUGAGGAGAUCGAGCGCGAGAUUAUUCACCAGCUGUGCAUCCGGCCCAUGGCCCACAGUGAGCUGGUCAAGGCCCUGCCUGAGAACGAGAAUAAGGAGACCGGGAUGGAGACAGUGAUCGACUCCGUUGCUUCAUUCAAGAAACCAGGAGUGACAGGCAGAGGGCUUUACGAGCUGCGGCCGGAGUGCGCCAAGCAGUUCAACCUGUACUUCUACCAUUACUCUCGUGCCGACCAGUCCAAGGCAGAGGAGGCCCAGAGGAAACUGAAGAGACAGAAUGGAGAAGAUUCAGCUCUGCCCCCGCCCGUCCUGCCCCCCUUCUGCCCGCUCUUCGCCAGCCUGGUCAACCUGCUGCAGUGCGACGUGCUGCUCGGCAUGCUGGGAGCCGUGCUGCAGUGGGCGGUGGAGCCCAGCGGGGGGCACUGGUCCGAGUCCAUGCUACAGAGGGUGCUGCACCUGAUAGGCAUGGCCCUGCUGGAGGAGCAGCAGCAGCUGGAGAGCAGCAGCGAGGACAACGACGUCACCUUCAACUUCACGCUCAAGAUCUCCCGACCAGGAGAGGCCCCGAGUAACACCCCCAGCAUCCUUGCUCUCCUGGAGACCCUGCAGAACGCACCCCACCUGGAGGUGCACAAAGACAUGAUCCGCUGGAUCCUCAGGACGGUGGCCAGCAUUAAGACGAUGCGGGAGCGCACCACCACCAGCCCGGUGACAGACAGCGGAGGACAGAGCCAGGAGGAGACUCUCCGUGAUAAGGACAAGGCGGAGCGGAAGAGGAAGGCGGAGAUGGCCCGUCUGAGGAGGGAGAAGAUCAUGGCGCAGAUGUCCGAGAUGCAGCGCCACUUCAUCAACGAGAACAAGGAGCUCUUCCAGCAGAGCCUGGAGGAGCUGGAGGCGUCCACAUCCACCUCGCUGGAGCACAGCCCCACCUCUCCGGACGCGGCUCUGGUGUGCCUGGGCCCGCGCCGGACCCGGCUGAACGAGAAGCGGCAGGUGGUCACCUGCAUCCUGUGCCAGGAGGAGCAGGAGGUGCGGGCGGACGGGCGCGCCAUGGUGCUGGCCGCAUUCGUCCAACGCUCCACCGUCAUGUCCAAAAACCGCCGCAGGCCCCCGCACGACCCCGAGAACUACGACCCUCUCUUCAUGCACCCUGACCUGUCCUUUGGGACGCACACCGGCAGCUGUGGCCACAUCAUGCACUCACACUGCUGGCAGAGGUAUUUCGAGGCGGUCCAGGCCAAGGAGCAGCGUCGGCAGCAGCGCCUGCGCGUGCACACCAGCUACGACGUGGAGAACGGCGAGUUCCUGUGUCCCCUGUGCGAGUGCCUCAGCAACACCGUCAUCCCCCUGCUGCCCCUCGCCAAAGCGCCCAGCAGCUGUGAGCAGCCAGGCUUGGGUCAGUGGCUGAAGACGAUAGGCCAGCAGGUGAAGGCCCUUCACUCUGCCCACAAGAAGCUCAAGCCAACCAGUGCUGGAGCUGUUGAUGAUGCUGAUAGGAUGGAAGAGUGCGCUCCCCCAGAGGGCUUCACACCUGACCAAAUUCCCAAGAACCCAUAUUCCAGCACCAUAAAGGAGAUGCUCACCACGUUCGGGACGGCGACGUACAAAGUUGGCCUUAAGGUCCACCCCAACGAGGAGGACCCCCGAGUCCCCAUCAUGUGCUGGGGCAGCUGUGCCUAUACCAUCCAGUCCAUCGAGCGACUGCUGGUGGACGAGGAGAAGCCAUUAUUUGGGAGUUUACCUUGCAGACAGGACGACUGCCUGAGGUCAUUGACCAGGUUCGGCUCGGCUUGCUGGACCGUCUCGUCUCUGCCCUCCGUGCAGGCCCAUUUCAUCAGACUGUUAGCAGUGCUGGUUCCAGACCCGCAGGUGGAGAGCUCCCACUGUAUCCUGGAAGUAGACAUGUUCCACCUGCUGGUGAGUUUGGUCCUGUCCUACCCCUCAGUUCACUGCCAGGACUCCUCAGGUCUCAGUGUGGACGGGGCCCAGCUGCACCUGUUCCACCUGGUCACCGUGGCGCACAUCGUCCAGAUCCUGCUAACCUCUGUGCCAGCGGAGAUGACGAUGGAGCAGGAGAGCGGGGGCGGAGAUGAGGAGGAGGAGGAGGGCAUCUGCCACCUCUACAGCCUUCUCGGGACACACCUGGGCAGCACCUUGCGUGAGGUGGGCUCGGGCUGGCACCUCUGGCGCUGCGUGAAGGCGGGGAUCCUCCCCUACCUGAGGGGCGCGGCGCUCUUCUUCCACCACCUCAACGGGGUGCCCACCCCACCGGAGCUGCAUGCUCUGGGCCCAGGUCAGUGGGAGCAGUUGUGCGCGUACCUCUGUCUGCCCUCCAACCUGCUGCAGCUCUACCACAGUCACAGGGACCUGCUGGACCCCCUGCUGGAAGGGUGGUGCUCUCACCCGUACGUGCGGGAGUACCUCCAGGCCGGCGGCCCCCUCAUCAGCUUCCCUCGGGAGUCCAACCGACUGAUUGACCUCCCAGAUGACUACAGCGCCCUCAUCAACCAAGCCUCGAGCUUCACGUGCCCCAAAUCUGGCGGGGACAAGUCGCGGGCACCCACCCUGUGCCUGGUGUGCGGCACCAUGCUGUGCUCCCAGAGCUAUUGCUGCCAGACGGAGCUGGAGAGCGAGGACGUGGGGGCCUGCACCGCACACACCUUCAGCUGCGGAGCCGGCGUCGGCAUCUUCCUCAGGGUCAGAGAGAGCCAGGUGCUGUUCCUGGCUGGAAAGACGAAGGGCUGCUUCUACGCUCCGCCCUACCUGGACGACUACGGCGAGACAGACCAGGGCCUCAGACGGGGGAACCCGCUGCACCUGUGCAGGGAGAGGUAUCGGAAGAUCCAGAAGCUCUGGCGCCAGCACAGCAUCACGGAGGAGAUUGGCCACGCCCAAGAGGCCAACCAGACACUGGUGGGCAUCGACUGGCAGCACUUGUGAUGUCACACAUGGUCAACCCUUGAGCCACACCCACCAGGCAUGUCCAGGCCCACGGUCGGACAGUCUUGUUCUCAGACCCAGGGGUUCUGCACACAGGACGGGGGUCGCUGUGGCAAAGAGGCCCCGCCUCUGUGCCCCUCUCUCCCUCCCUCACUCACUCUGUCUGAGAGAGGAUGAAUGCAUGUAGUUUACCUAUUCUUUUGCUAUUCUAUCCGGCAAGAUUGCGUCUCUUUUCUUUGUCAUUUAAAUAUAUAAGACAUUUAGCCAUGCGUUGAGCAGCAAGUGACUGGCUCUGAAGCGCAAUGAAUACUCGAGAGUAACACUUUAGGAAUGGCAUUUCAUUUCUGUUUAUUCAUACAUACAUACAUACAUACAUACAUUUUAUGUUUUGUGUAUAUCUAUAUACAUAUACAUAAAACAUAAAAUACUUAAGUUAUUUUUAGGAUAGAUGGCUCAAGUAUUGAUUUAUUAACCGCUGUUUUGCUUUAAAUGAAACAAUUCUGGUAAUUUUGAGCAAGCACAAUUUUGUCUCUGCGCAGAAGCAGCAUUUCAGAUAAGUCAACAGUAGCUCAUUGCAGGACGUUCUCCACACCAUGGCAGUGCCCUCUUGAGGUUGGCCCAUGUCUCUGCCCUCCGCAGAUGUGUGUUUUAUAUCCGGUGACUUCAGUAUUGGGGGCGCAGGGGUGUCUGGGGGGCAUACCCCUAUCCCCUCCUUCACACUUGUGUUCACUUUAACAAAUUGAACUGCGUAUGUUUAAAGAAACCCCCAACACAUAAAUGUGCAGUGAAUACAAGCUAAUACUGAGAAGUGUGUGUCCUAGUGACGUGUGCAUGUUGGCAUAUGUGUGUUUGCGCGUCUGCCUUCUGGAUGUGUGUUUGAUGUCUGUUUUUCCCAGGAAUAUGUGUGUGUGUGUGUGUGUGUGUGUGUGUGUGUGUGUGUGUGUGUGUGUGUA